UUUCAAUUUUUCAUUUUGUCGUGUCAUUUUGUAAUAAAUGAUAGAUAGGCACAUAAUAUUUUUGUCACAUAAGUUUAAAGGAUCCGUAGAUAUUAACUAAAAAUUGGAUACUGUUUCGAAAACAUUUUAUUCACAAAUUAAUUUAUCAAUUAACAAUAGUCAUGCUUGUUUUUGCACACGCGAUUUUCUUGGCAUAUUAUAUCAUGCUAAUAAAUGGACAAGAACAGGGAUACGUAGGCCGUCAACCGAAUUGUGCCGCGGUACUCUGCGCUGUUGCCGAUUGCCCUCGUCCCAUCAGACCUCGAGGAGAGUGCUGCGAUAUUUGUCCAGACAGGCCUGUAUGUAAUCGAGAAGCAUGUCUAAGACCUAUCGGCUGUGUUGACACAUACGUUCCAGUAGGCCAGUGCUGUCCUAUCUGCCGACCAGGAAGGCCAUCUAUAUGUGAUCGAGUAAGAUGCGCACCACCUCCUCAAGACUGUGCAAUAUAUAUUCCAGAAGGCCAGUGCUGUCCUGUAUGCCGACCAGGAAGGCCAUCUAUAUGUGACCGAGUAAGAUGCGCAAGUCCUAUCGGAUGUGUUGACACAUACAUUCCAGACGGCCAGUGCUGUCCUGUCUGCCGGACAGAAAACCAGUGUCACCUAGUCGACUGCCAGCCGUUAAACUGUAGAAGACAAUAUACGCCUCCGGGACAGUGCUGCCCAGUUUGCAGAAGACCAAGAAGGAGACCAAACUGUAAUCGUAGGGCAUGCCCACGGGUGUUCUGUGAAGACUCAUAUAUUCCUCGAGGCGAAUGUUGUCGAGUAUGUCGAGGUAACCCAAGAGGUGGCAGAUACUGAUAAAUAUGGGCGUCAAAGGGCAUGUUUCCCGAUAUAUUCUAAACUCUCAGAAAUCAACUUGUUACGUUUCCAACAUAUCAAAACUCAUCUAGACACAAAUGACAUUUAAGCCGUAUCACCCAAGAAUUAUUAUAAUAAAGAUACUAUUUUUAGACAUAAACUGAAUAAAAGCAAUAGAAAGAUUAAAA